CAUCACUAGUCACCAUGAAGUUCGACUUCUAUCGCGACGUCCUCAGCCUAAUGAUGGGUAAGCUCGGCCUACCUGGCGCCGACAACUUCGGCAGAGAAAGCAACCAACGGCGAUCCCUUCUUCUCGACACAGUCAUGCAAGGUCGACCCAGAGCAUCCAGCUGCAAGCUUCUGCAGCUCCCCGCCGAGAUCCUCGCUGAUAUCGUCGACCUGCUAAGCGACGACAGGGCAUCGCUGGAAUCCCUUGCGCUGGUCAACAGUGAUUAUCAGCAACUUGCUCGCUGCUGUCAAUUCGCCGAGGUAAACUUCGACUACAGCCUCGAAGCAAAGCAACUUGCUUCCCAGCUUGUGGAGGACAAAUCGUCUCAGCUGUCCAGACCCGGGAUUGGCGCUUGUAUUCGCAGAGUUACCUUUGCAUCUCAUCCGCACCAUGUCGCACACACCCAUCGAGAGCUUUAUGAGUCAUUUUACGGCGAUGACGCUCAAUCAGUCGCCGUAGAACAACGACAAGUGCUCUCUGAUGAGGCGCGUGAGGAGUAUGUCGUGGCGCGAGCAGCUGCAGUCGAGGCCAUCUCAUCAUUGCCAAACCUUGAGACUCUCAGCUGGAGAGAUCAAUUUUCUUUGGAUAAGAGCUUUUUCGAAAGGAUAACGCGCUGCUCGGCGCAGCACAUCGACCUGAACAGGCCGGCAAUCGAUGACGCCUGGUCUUUGACACCACCUCUGACACCCUCGACCUGGCCACUCAGGUCGCUGAAACUCGACGUUAGUAUGGCGCUGGAUAAACGGAAUGACAUUGAAAAGAAAGGCGCGACUGGGACGCAUCACAUGACAAGCUUUUUCUCAACCUUGUUCCAUCUCUGCUCACCUACCCUCGAGUCUCUGACCUGGACGUAUAUCGACCUUGACAGAGAUGGCGGCGUCCUUGUUUCGAUCGGAGAGUCAAUUGUAUCGUUUCCUCGUCUGAGAUACUUGAGGCUCCAUUUCGUUAAACUCGAUAGCGUUGCUAUUUCAUCUUUUCUCGCUGCGCCUCUUAUGUCCCUUGACUUGGACGAUAGGGUAUUGAAUAAUCCCUCGACCUUUGAUUGUGAGCCUUUACGAGAUCUUGAGGACUUUGCUGUUUCUCAUCCGCCACAAAAGGCUUCAGCUUGUAGGCGCAUCGCAAAGUUCAUCUCGCAGCACACUGAACUGCGCAGACUGUAUCUCCACGAGAGCUCGUCGGCUCAGGGAGGGACAGCAUAUCUCGAUGAUGUUAUUCUUCCCACACUCAGCAGCCUCGACUUCGGUAACCUCAGAUCGCUAUAUCUAGCAUGGGGAGAAGCUCAAAUUCCUGGAGAGUCCCUACGAAUAAUCGGACAACUUAUUUCUCUGGAGCAACUGAGUCUCAGUGCUGGAAAGAGUUACGGAUUGCAACACCACUGGCUCGUAGAUCAUGACAAACUCCGCCAUCACCUCAGCCUGCUCCAAGGACUCACCAAGCUGGCAUUGGUCUGCGAUACGUAUCCCGUCCCUAUACCCGGGCUCCCUUCCGGAUUCUACUAUGAGCUUCGAAUACCGGGACCCGAGGCAAGGGAGGAUGCACAAGCGAGACCAGAGCUUGAUGUGGACGAAGACACUGGGGAGUGGGUAGAUAUGAUGCAGAUAUGGGAGAGAGUCCAUCGAAACCGUAUGCUUGAUCAGGCUGAGAAGUACGCUGCUGUCUUUCCGAGGCUUGAGUGGAUGUUUUGUGGGCAGCGACCGAUGGGGUUCACAAAGACACCUGAGGGACAAUGCGAGCUUCGAAGAGCAGUGCCUUUGACUCAGGGGAGGGGUGAGUGUCGUACAUAUCGACAGGCGAUGUUUAGAGGCUCCAACUAGAUGGGGAGUGACUUCACAGUAACUAAGAAUUGAUAUGAAUAAUAAACUAGCAAGCCUCUGUACGGUCUCCCAA